UUCUCGGAGUCGCAGGCGACGCAUUACUAACAAAAGACAUAUUUAUAAUUUUAUUUAAUCGUUUAUACCAAUUUAAAUUUAUAUUACAAAAUGAGUGCUGUACCUUUGGUUGUAUUCAACAAUGGCCACACUUGCCCCGUCAUCGGCUUAGGCACAUGGAAAUCAAAGCCUGGCGAAGUGACUCAAGCUGUGAAAGAUGCUAUUGACAUUGGGUACAGACAUAUCGAUUGUGCUCAUAUAUACGGCAACGAGAAAGAAGUAGGUGAAGCUUUGAAAGCGAAAUUCGAUGAGGGCGUUGUUAAACGGGCUGACAUCUUUAUAACCUCAAAACUGUGGUGCACGAGUCACCGACCUGACCUUGUAGAGGCGGCGGUGAAGACCUCUCUUGCAGACCUCGGUCUGGACUACUUAGACCUCUACCUAAUUCAUUGGCCACAAGCUUACAAGGAAGGUGAAGAUAAUUUCCCUGUCGACGAACAGGGUAAAGCCAUCCCUUCGGCAGUGGAUUAUGUUGACACAUGGAAGGCUAUGGAGGGACUUGUGGACAAAGGCUUGGUGAAGAGCAUCGGCAUCUCCAAUUUCAACAAGAAACAGAUCGACAGAGUUGUUGAGGCUGCAAGGAUCAAGCCAGCGGUCAACCAAAUCGAAGUCCAUCCAUAUUUGAACCAAGAGAAAUUAUUUGAGCACUGCAAGUCUCUGGGCAUAGUGGUGACCGCGUACUCGCCGCUGGGCAGCCCCGAUAGACCCUGGGCGAAGCCUGGAGACCCCACACUCAUGGAGGAUGAGAGACUGAAAGUGGUCGCUGCUAAACAUAACAAGACUGUCGCUCAAGUUCUCAUCAGAUACGCGAUUGAACGCGGAAUGAUUGUGAUCCCGAAAUCUGUCACCCGAUCUCGUAUCGAGCAGAACUUCCAGGUGUUCGAUUUCCAGCUGUCUGCAGACGAGCUGCAGGCGGUCGCCGCGCUCGAAUGCAACGGCAGACUCUGUUCUAUGGGCGACGUCCACCAUCCAGAUUAUCCAUUCCACGAUGAAUUCUAGAAGAAUAUUCUUCAACCUGUAUAUUUUAGCUGCACAUAAUGUAUUGUGUACACGGCCGGUGGCCAUUUUGUUGUUUUUUUAAGUCUUUAAUAAAGAAUUUAUGCAUUU